CUUGCUUCUUCGACUCUUCUCCUCCACACACAAACCACCACCACACACACACCACCACCACCACCACCACCACCACCUCUCCAUCCCACGCAAACCCAACCUUUCCCACACCUCCUCGCGCUAUACCUCGUGGACGAAACGCAUUCUUCUGCCGUUUCAUUAUCCCGAGUCACCAAACGACGACCACCGGAUUUUUCCCAAAUCGCGCAACGACGACCAAGAGUCACUCAUCCCAUAACUCCUACAAUCCGCCCCUGCUGCACCGCAACUCCCAGAGUCCGGUCCAAACCCAACAAUCCUCUUUCUUCUUUUCCACUCAACGCUCGCCUCCGGACACGGAACACCACGUCGACCCGCGGCACCUUCUCUCGCUGCUACGCUACAAAGCAACCUCCCUCCUCAAGCGACAAUCACCCUUUUUGUCGCCCAAAAGCCCACCUGCCUGCUUCCUAAUUCCUGCCGAGUACGACUCGUCCGCCCCUCGAUUCCAUUCACCGCGAAGUGGGGAAAGCAAAAGCCCUUUUCGCGCGCAACCAACACUGACCCGCCGCAUCGCACCCUCCUCUCCCUGCCACCAAGGCACCUACUCCCGACACACACAAUCCAAAUGGCGGAAGCACUCGCAGACAAGCUCAAGGCGACGAACUUGAGCGAUGGCGCCGCAUCAGAGGACUGGAAGAAGAGCCUGAAGCUGCCUGCCAAGGACAACAGACAACAAACUGAGGAUGUCACAAACACCAAGGGUCUGGAGUUCGAGAACUUCCAGCUGAAGAGAGAUUUGUUGAUGGGCAUCUUCGAGGCCGGAUUCGAGAAGCCCUCCCCCAUCCAGGAAGAAGCCAUCCCCGUCGCCCUGACCGGCCGCGAUAUCCUCGCCCGUGCGAAGAACGGUACUGGAAAGACGGCCGCCUUCGUCAUCCCCGCCCUCGAAAAGAUCAACCCCAAGGUCUCCAAGAUCCAAGCCCUCAUCCUCGUCCCCACUCGCGAGCUCGCCAUGCAAACAUCACAGGUCUGCAAAACCCUCGGCAAGCACCUCGGAAUCAACGUCAUGGUCACUACCGGAGGCACUGGUCUUCGCGACGAUAUUAUCCGCCUGCAGGACCCCGUUCACAUCGUUGUCGGCACCCCCGGCAGAAUCCUUGACCUGGCCGGCAAGAACGUUGCCGACCUGAGCGAAUGCCCCAUGUUCAUUAUGGACGAGGCCGACAAGCUUCUCUCCAUCGAGUUCACCCCCGUCAUUGAGCAGCUGCUGCAAUUCCAUCCCAAGGACCGCCAGGUUAUGCUCUUCUCCGCCACCUUCCCCCUCUCCGUCAAGGACUUCUCCGACAAGAACAUGGUCAGCCCCUACGAGAUCAACCUCAUGGACGAGCUCACCCUCCGCGGCAUCACCCAGUACUACGCCUUUGUCGAGGAGAAGCAAAAGGUCCACUGCCUCAACACCCUCUUCUCCAAGCUGCAGAUCAACCAGUCCAUCAUCUUCUGCAACUCGACCAACCGUGUCGAGCUGCUCGCUAAGAAGAUCACCGAGCUGGGCUACUCGUGCUUCUACAGCCACGCCAAGAUGGCCCAGCAGGCGAGAAACCGCGUCUUCCACGACUUCCGCAACGGCGUGUGCCGAAACCUCGUCUGCUCUGACCUGCUUACCCGUGGUAUCGACAUCCAGGCCGUCAACGUCGUCAUCAACUUUGACUUUCCCAAGAACGCCGAGACCUACCUGCAUCGAAUUGGCCGAUCCGGUCGUUACGGUCACUUGGGUUUGGCCAUCAACCUGAUCAACUGGGAUGAUAGGUUCAACCUGUACAACAUCGAGAAGGACCUCGGUACCGAGAUCCAGCCCAUCCCCGCCAGCAUCGACAAGUCCCUUUAUGUCUACGAGAACCCCGAGUCUAUCCCGAGACCCAUCUCCAACUUCAAGUCCGGUCAGCCCGGUCAGGGUCAGCAGCAGCCCCAGAUCCAACAAAGCCAGCAGCAGCAGCACCAGCAGCACCAGCCCCUUCUCCAGGGUGGCCCGGCUCCUGGUAACUGGCAGACUCAACAGCCCCAGCAGAGCGGUCAACAGAACGGCUACCAGGGCGGCGGCAGAGGCCGUGGACGCGGCCGUGGCGGUUACCGGGGCCAAAACCGCGGCGGAUACGGCGGUGGCGGUGGCCGCGGCCGUAGCCAAGGCCAAGGCCAGGGUCACCCCCAGCCCCAAGGACAGCUGUCCUAGGGCGCCUCACAUCUCUUCUUUAUAAAAUGGCGUUACGGCGUAU